AUGGAGGAUUUAAGGACGAGGUACGAAAGAUUGUUAGAGGCACGGAAGAAUGCCAAGACAAGUGAGAAUAUGGUUGGGGAAUGUAUGACGUUCUGCCCUGAGCUCGAAGGGUUGGAACGAGUACUCAACAAUGAUGUAUCGCCCUAUGAAACAGAAGUAAUGAUUAAGAAGUACCGCAAGGUAUCUUCAGAAACACCCUGCAUUCUCCCAGAGGACAUAAGACCAAUGGAGGUGUUGUUGAGUGUAAUUAACCAUGUUAUUAGGUUGUGUGCUAGUGACCAGAGCCUGCAAAUGUAUAGAUUUGCAGAGAACAGGACCCGGGCAAUUAUAUCGGAUAUGAAAAUUCAGGGAGAGAGGGGAAAGGAUGCAAUCGAGGUACUUGAAAAGAUCGUUAGAUUUUACAUCGUUUUUCGGUAUCUUUUAUAUGACCAUCCUCACUUCAAUAAGGAUAUGAAUUUAGGCCAGCUUAAGGUGGUGAUGGAUAGUCUCGUAAAGUUGUAUGACUUGGAGGAGGCUGGAUGGUGCGAAAAGGAUAGGAAGGAAGAGUUUUAUUGCUAUCAUAUUAUAGCCACAAUGGGGGAGAGAUGUCCCUUUCGGAUCCAGAGAUGGGAUGAUGGGCCAAGAGUCAGGUUGUCUAUGGAAAUCACAAGGAAAUACAUGCAAAAAAAUGGAGCGGGGUUCUUCAAGCUCCUAAGAAAGCUUGACUGCAUUGCAUUCUGCUUAGCACAAUCUUUUGCAGGAGAAGUUAGGGCGAGGUGUAUACAGAUGUUCCGAAAGUCUUUAGCAGAAAAAGUGAGUAUUGAGUUCCUUGAAGAUAUUUUGUGGGCCAGGGGAUCGGAGGCCGAGGAGUUUCUGAGGAGGAAUGGAAUUGUAGUGAAAUCUGGAAAGGCGGAUUUUGAAGAAAGAAGAGGAGGUGAGGAGUACGAGAAAGAGGGCCUCUAUAGUAGAAGAAUAGAAAUAAACAUAAAAAGGCCCGAGAUGUUUAUGCUGCAUGGAUGUGUUGAUUAUAGGAUCUUGAGCAUCAUUCUCUCUGCAUUGCUUUGGAAAAAGCUAAGGGACUCUAAACUGACUUCCCACGCCCAGUGUCCACAAAGUCAAGGAAAGUAUCAUUCUAUGGAAAGUAGGGCUGUAGUAAGGAAAAUGUGUGUUGUUAUACUUGAAGAGGUUGUAAAAAAAAUUGCUGUGCAAGUAUUCUCCAGAGUCAUGCUUUUGAAUACGCUGAAGGGAUAUCUUAUUAAAUGGAAAGAGUUAGCAAAAAGAAAGCAUGAUAGUGCUUUGGACGAGAAUAAGUACCUGCUAUUGAUAAUUUUGGACAAAGAGAUACCUUCUGUUUCCUUCAUAGGAUGUAUUAACACUUCUGUACUGAAAAGCCUUGCACCUGUAAUAACAUACAUUGAAAAGGUAAGUGUGGAUGAAAUGCUGAUGUACAAUCUAUGUGUCUUUUCGACUUUGAAGAACAAACAUGAAGAACUAUAUGCCAGGUAUCGGAUGAUCAACCUUAUUGUUGGGACUCCGCAAAGCCUGUCUAGAAGAGUACAUGAGAUUUAUGAAAGAGCGGUAAAUGCAUCUAAGACAAAGAAGUCUACCUUAUUUACUCUUAUUGAUGGGAUGAACAAAGUGCAAACUAUAGAAACAAUAGUCAAGCUUAUAGAUAAUGGAAAGAAUGGAGAUAUCAUGGAAAGAAAUCUCGCUUUAUUGUAUGAAGGAAAGCCGCUUAUUGAGUGCGAUGUGUACUAUGAAGAGGGGAGAACGGCUUAA